AUGGCAUGCACUGUCCCAACAUGUCAAGCCAUUUUCCAUGGAAAAUGUCUAAACGCAGACGAGAGUGAGUUUGAAGCACUGAGGGCAUUACGAAAAAAUUGGGAAUGCCCGAAAUGUGAAAAGGCACGGAAAAAUAUCCAACCGACAGACAAGUGUCUCAGCCCGCCAAGAUCGGCGCCACAACAACAAACUGUCGACAGCACGUCACAACUGCUACUUGCUGCCAUUAAAAAUUUAACAGAAGAGGUCAAGGGAUUAAAAUUCUCCCUCGAUGCCAAUGCUAACGAGAGAAAAAAGAAAAGAAAAAAAGGAAAUUGGAUUUAUACAUCCCUCAAAAUGCUUAGAAAUCUGACCUAUGCAUUCAAAUCUUCCUCAUAUGUCUACCCACUUGUCCGUCUGCCUCUCAACGGGAUGAAAUAUUCGACCAAAGGGCCAAAUCAGGAAGGACCCACAGAGGAAAAGCUCACUGAGGAAGGACCCACAGAGGAAUCGCCCACUGAGGAAGGACUCGAUAUUCCCCAUAUCAAGAAGAGUUUCAAAGAUAUUAUUAAAGAUUUAGAUGAAAUGGAAACGAUGAUGCACAAAAGGAGUAGGUCAAAUUUAGGAGAUAUCAUAAGCCGUAUAAGAGAUAAGGUAACCAGUUUGCUCGGGAAUAUCGGCAAAAAUAAUCCGAUUUUGAAGAUAAGGAAGGAUAAGUAA